AGCACGCCAGUGCAACAAUCCAGCGCCGUCCUACUUUGGCCAUGACUGUGUGGGAGAUGCUAUCGACACAAUGAUAUGUAACAACACUCCCUGCAACACUGUUGACGGGCAUUGGUCUACCUGGGCGUCUUGGGGCUCAUGCACUGUGUCAUGUGGCGGAGGGUACAAGCAGAGGCAUCGCUAUUGUAACAACCCCUAUCCCUCGCAGUUUGGAAAAGUAUGCAUAGGAAGUGACAUUAUCACUGUACCUUGCAAUACCCACGAAUGUGUCAAAGUUCGCCUCACAGGUGGAUCAGGAUCCACAAGUGGGCGUGUCGAGGUGUUCAUGUAUGGGCAAUGGGGGACGAUCUGUGACGACAGCUUUGACAGUACUGAUGCUGGAGUUAUUUGUGUAAUGCUUGGCCAUCAAAGGGCUGAUGCGGUGGCAAAAAGUGAAGCUUAUUUUGGACAGGGCUCAAGCUCCAUGUUGACAUUGCUGGACGAUCUUCAGUGUAAUGGAGACGAAGCAUCAAUUGCAGAAUGCCAUCAUAGUGUUCUUGAAGACUGUUCUCAUGCCGAAGAUGCUGGUGUGAUUUGUGCUACAAACGGUGCAGUGAGACUGUCAGGAUCAAGUUCUACCAGAUAUCAAGGCCGCGUUGAAAUCUAUCUGAAUCACACGUGGGGUACAAUUUGUGACGAUUCGUUCGACAACGAGGAUGCUCAGGUCGUUUGUCGCAUGCUUGGCCUAUACAGUUCGGGUGCAGUAGCGAAGGGCAGUGCAUAUUUUGGACCAGGAUCUUCGAGUAUUUUGCUUGACGACAUCAGCUGCUCGGGAUCUGAAAGCAGUGUGCUGAGUUGCAGUCACAGUCCUAUAGGAACGCACAACUGUGGACAUGGUGAAGAUGCGGGCGUUAUUUGUCUCCACUAACGAAAAAGAGGAAACAGAGUUCUGACAUCUAGUCGACGUUUAUUUUAAAUGUGUUUUGUUAGAAUAAAUGAGAGUUCAUGU